AUCAAGCAGAGAUCAACUGUCAACGGCGAGUCGGCUACUUUUUCACCAGGACGAGACCUCCAUAACCUGGAAAGGCUGAAACAUCGAGUUACCGCUCAUCCUUUCCAAGCAGCGAACUUUGACAGAUUACUACAUAGUGAAGAAGCAGCUGGUGCAAUUCCUGUUGGUGGGAUGAAUAGCCCUGGAGCGCAGCUAGGAACGCCACAGAGCAAACAGGAAUCUAUUCACCCUGGUAGCUCUUUCUUAAAAGAAUGCUGCUCUGACAGUGACAGUCAUGUCCAUCCUGGCUCUGCAGCGACUGCUACUUGGACGGGACCUUCAUCAGAUGCCACUUUGCCAGGGACAGUUUCCCAUCCUCACCUGCUUCCUAUCCAGCCAGAGAUGGUGGACCCUCUGAACAUGGGAUUCCACUAUCCAUAUCAGCCCGCUCAAUGUCACCUGGCUUUUCCAGACUUCUUCCUGGAGCCCCAAUUCAGCCAGUAUCACUUCCUCAGUGGCCCUGCAUCUGCUCCACCAGACAGCAGUCAUCACAGUUCAGUUUCUGCUUCCUGGUUUACUGAGGAACCCAUUAUGUACAGCAUGAUGCUGGGUGACCAGCAAAACCCCAUUGCUGUGGACCAGCAGUUUCAGGAGGGACAGACAGAAGUCAUGUCUCACAUUAAUCAACAUGUGUUGUGUAAUGUUAAUCGUGAUGGACAGGGAGUACUGGUUAAUGCCUGUGAGCCAGGACCUGUGUUUCUUGCUGUGGAAUCUUCAUACAGAGAUGAGGGACUAACGCAAGGGACAGGUGUAAAUUUGUUGGGGACUUCCAGCCAGUUUCUCCAGUACCCCCAGACAGUUUACCCCCUGUCUGAGGGCAGAGAUCAGACAGUCAGCACGAAGCCUCAAGCCACAGGAAUUGUUGGAAUCAGGAAGCCAUGCCACUGCACCAGAUCCCAGUGUGUCAAGCUCUACUGCGAGUGUUUUGCCAGUGGAGUGAUGUGCAGCAACUGUGACUGCUCUAACUGCCACAACAACGCAGAGCAUGUAAUGACACGUCAGAAAGCAAUUAAGACUGUGAGUGGGGUGUCAAGAAAGGUCAAAGGCUGCAACUGUAAACGCUCUGGCUGCCUGAAGAACUACUGUGAAUGUUUUGAGGCCAACAUCAUGUGUACCUCCAGCUGUAAAUGUAUUGGCUGUGGGAACUAUGAUGACGGCUCACGAAAGAGAAACAAAGAAAAGACUGUCAACAUGACGGACAAAGGGCCUACGUCAGUGAUAACCACUGCUGUUGUGGAGGCUGUGUGUAACAAUCUACUGGCUCAGGCUGAGGAGGCUGAGAGGGAUGCCCAGAGCCCCACCCAGGCUGAGCACAUGGUCCUGGAUGAGUUUGGACAGUGUUUCUCACGGAUUGUCUCGGCCAUGUUCAAGAACAAUACCUUCUAACAAGUAUAUACUGUGGACACACCUUUGCUGUUAGUUUAUCUACAGUGGGUUUGGUCGAUUUACUACAUCUGUGUCUGCAUAUUUACGGGAUUUAAUGUUUAUUUUAGAUUUUAUAUUGCUCAUUUCUAAAGCACUACUGGUCAGUUAAGUGAUUUUCUGAAAAUGUUCUUCCAGACAUAUACAGACACACAAAUAUGAUUUGAGUUCUGUUAAUUUUAAUAUAUUGUCAAUACAAAUUGUAUACAUAUAAGUUUUCGUGUAAGAUUUCUUUAGAGCAAUGUUGCUGUCCUGAUUCAGAGACAUAAUUGUGCCAUGAGGCACUGACUUGACUCAUUUUCUUAUCAGUCUGUGUCAUUUUCUUCUUGUUACAGUUGUUUUGUACAAUAUUGUUCCAUUUUGAAUUUUUAACACAUUUCCAUUUAUUUAUUUUGAGAGUAGCCUUGAUAUGAUUUAUGAAUUUCAGAUUCCAAUAUAAAAUGAAUAUUUUGGUGAUCUAG